AUGGAGUCAGGUACCUGUGUAAUGCUCCCACUGGUUUCCUGCCUCCACUCGCUGCAGCUCUGGACUGUCCUGCUUGUGGCCUUAGCAGUCUCUUCACAUGGCGUUUGGUCUCUUCGUUCCCGGAGUCCCCUUGCUCCUCGGCCACUCUGUACCCGUCGCAGCCCCUCAGCUGCCAGGCCUGUUUGCAUUUGGGACAAGAACUCACCAUCAGAGAGAGACUCUCGCUUCAUCACACUGCGCCAGCGAUCUCUGACGCCACGGGACGGGGAGCUGCGUCAUGUGAUGCGGCUGAGGCGCCAGGCCCCAGGGGCCCGGCCUGCCACCCCCUCUGGGUUUGAGGAGGGGCUGCCUUCAUCCCAGUACCCCUGGGCCAUUGUAUGGGGCCCCACAGUGUCAGAUGAGGAUGGAGGUGACCCCAACUCAGCCAAUCCAGGCUUCCCACCUCUGGGUUACACCUUUGUUUCACCACAUGGGAUGGCAACGGCACAACCCAACUCCCACUCGCUGCUGCACAAUGCGGGCCUCAACCUGCGGGAGACCCCCGCCACGCUGAGGCCCUUCUUGUUUGGGCCCCGGGGGGAAGGUGUGGAUCCUCAGCUGUAUGUUACUAUCACAAUCUCCAUCAUUAUUGUCCUAGUCGCCACUGGGAUAAUAUUCAAGUUCUGCUGGGACCGUAGUCAGAAGCGUCGUCGUCACUCUGGCCAGCAGAGUGGGGUGCGGCAGCAGGAGAGUCAGCAGCCACUCACAGACCUGUCGCCCACCACAGUCAGCAUCCUGGGACCCUACGGAGACACACUGGUCCCGACACCUGAGACAGAGGAGCCCAGGCAGGUCCAGGAGGGUGUAGAGAAACUGGGGGGCCAGGGGAAGAGCAGGACCUUCCAGCUCAACCGGAUCCCACUGGUAAAUCUGUGA